CUAAAGACCGCAGCCGACCUCACCAAGAUGGCGGCCCGCCAGACGACCUCUGUGGACACAAAGCGCCGCAGUUUUUGGACGGGAAACAGCUAGAACAGCGAAAAUCGAUACCGGCUCUGUGAUGGCAGUGGACUGGAUUGGCUUCAGCUAUGCUGCCACCCUUGUCUUUGGAGGAUUUAUGGGAUACAAGAGAAAAGGCAGUGUGAUGUCCCUGAUGGCUGGUUUAGUUUUUGGUGGAUUAUCUGCUUAUGGUGCAUACAGUAUCUCUAAUGACCCAAAGGACAUCAAGGUCUUAUUGCUGGCCUCGGGAGUCCUCUCAGUCGUGAUGGGAAUGAGAUACAAGAAGUCUGGCAAAAUAAUUCCUGCUGGCAUUAUGUCAGGGCUAAGUUUGUUGAUGGUUUUCCGACUGUUACUGCUCAUCAUGGUGUGAAUGGAGGAACAACACUGACCGGGCUGAGGGCUCUUUGUCUCUCAAUGAACAAACCUUGUUUGAAAGGAAACAUCAUUCCCAGUUAGCAUACUAAAACAAAUCCUCUGCUUUGAACUAUAACUUUGCUGUCAUGUGACCAGGAACCAAAAGCUGCCAGUGGGUGUUCAACAGAUUUAAGAUGAACUAGUAAUCUUAUUGCAGUAAAUCUGUUUCGGUGAUCUUAUAUAUAAAUCAUAACAUUUUUUGUAUGUCAGCAUGUGCAGUAAUGUAAAUCUCAUGAUUUAAGAGUAGAGGUCGACCGAUAUGGUUUUUUUCACGCCGAUACCGAUCUUUUGAAAUCCGGGUCGGCCGAUGGCCGAUUAAUGCUGCCGAUUUAUUUUGGCCGAUAUUUGCUUGGUUUUUAACCUCUAUUUGCACCGAACUGAAGCACAGAAAUCCGCGUUGAUAUUCGGUGCGGUAGAUAACGGUCGUUAAGGUUCCAGUGCCGUAUUAGCACCUGGUCUGUCUGUAGCUACCCGUUAGCAAAGCAAAGCCAAGCCAGUCUGUCACUAGCCUAUAGUGCGUUGGUCUCUUUUUUAUUACUUAUUUCUCUGCAUUGAGUGACAACCCUCUCAAAUAUAAGACACACAAACAGAACAAAUAAAAGUCUCAGAUUCACUCUGUAAUUGCAAAAUUAUUGCUUACUUAUUGUGACAUGAUAGCAACUCUUCUGUGAUAAUGCAACUUCAACUACGAUCCAAAUUAGCCGAAUGUCAUGUGUCUUAUUCAGGUUUUUUCUCGAAGUUGGCAGUAACAUAUCAAAAGUUUUUAAUUAAAUAUAAAGGAGUAAUAAGAAUUGAAUCCUUACCGUUAGCUCCUUAGGCACUGGAUGAGGUCUGCUGCUCACUCGGCUGGACAAUGACUCUAGCGGCAGCGCGCGUCAAACACGUGUUCCACGACAACACCAGGCUGCCCACAGAUGCACCUGCCUAAUAAUCGGCUUGAUAUACUUGGAUAUUGGCCGAUGCCGAUUAUGUUAAAAAAUGCCAAAAAUCGGCCGAUUAAUCGGUCGACCUCUAUUUAAGAGUAAUUUUCAUGUAGUAUUACCACAGGUUUAUUCACAGUGUUGGCAGCGCUGCAGAUGUACACAAGCUUUGUGGGUGCUGUUGUUUGUCUUGGCGGGUUCUUUAAUGAAAAUAAAUAAAAACUACUGCAGGCUGCUAAACUAUCAAGGUUAUUAAGGUGAAAUAUUCAAAUUACUGAAAGAGGGAACAAGUUUAACACACAAAAUGUGUAUUCUGCUCUUGUGCGGUGUCUUUGACAUUAGACAAGAAUAAAAGUUAAUGUUUGUGAUAAUGUAAUAAUAAAUAAACCAAGGUGAUUCUGAAAA